UUCAAAUACAGACGUGUUUACGUGGUAAGUGCUUAAGUAAUACUAGAUUUCGUCAUUGGCCGAGAUACGUUAUGUUUUAUACGAAGAGUGGAGAAUACGUUUGUUUCACCGAGUUUGGACAGUAACCUUUCCAGAGUCAUCAUUGUCAUUGUGGACUUCUAACGGACUCUCAUCGGUAUUUUCCUGCACAUUUAAGAACAGAGAGGGGGGCUAAUACCACGACAUCACUCUGAAGAAUAAAAACCAAAGUACCAUUAACAGCUACUGGUAUGUCCAGGCAGGGGAUAUGGAAACUCUUGGCGUUUUUCGUAGUCGUUUUGCUGGUGGGACUUUCCGUCCUCUGGAUGCGUGAAGAGAAAGAAAUGGGCAUCCUUAGAUCUAUAUUGAGAAAUGGCGCCGCCAAUAACAAUUGGUUCAAUGGGAAAUUGGCGAGAGAGAAACUCCACCUUAAAAAAGCAUCAACCAUAAAACCUACUCCACUGAAAACGUUCUACAAUCUAGCAGACGACAUUGACUAUUCAAGAGAAGCCGCUCCGAGACUGUCGGCGGAUGGGGCAAUAUCUGAUAAGAUUGAGCUGGACUAUUUCAGAUAUCUUCAAAACUUACAGUUCGACUGCCGACAUCGGAUUAGAGCAGGAACCGGGGAAACAGGAGACGGCGGCUGGGAGAUGUGCCUUGACCCGCCAUACAAUAUGAAACCGGGGAAAUGUUUAGUCUACUCCUUUGGCAUCAGUACUAACUGGUCUUUUGACGACUAUAUGGACAAGACCAGAAAUUGUACAGUGCACUGUUUUGAUCCAAGUAUAGGAAAAAAGGACUUUAAGCGUUCCCCAAACAUAUAUUUCCACAAUCUGGGUAUAUCUGGACGCAACGAAACCAAUGGUAAGAAGUGGCAACUUUACACACUGGGAUCAAUUAAGCGACUUCUAGGACACGAAAACGUGACACUGGACUACCUGAAAAUGGACGUUGAAUGGAGCGAAUGGCCAAGUUUACAGGCAAUGUACCGCGAGGGUGUGUUAUCCCAAGUCAAACAAUUUGCUUCAGAGUUCCAUGGCAUCCCUAAAAAACAGGCAGAUGUCGAUAUUAUCAACAGACUGUACGAGCUCGGGUUUAGGAUAUUCUACACCAAAAGGAACUUCUAUAAUCGAGCAACCUCUCGGCUAACACAGCGUACUAUUUAUAGGUGCAUGGAGGUGCAUUUUGUUAAUAUCAACUUUCUGAAGCAGGACGUGUAAAGCGGACAACGCCACUGAUUCAUUAACACUGCACAGGUCGCGAACAGCUGCUUUCCGCUUGAUGCGUGUUCGGAGCAAUUUUUAAUACAUUCUAGGUAUUUCAAUAUUAAUGUUUGGGGUUAUAUCAAAUUUUGACAGUUAUAUUAUAUCAAAAAAAAAAGGACAAUCCCUAAGGAAUUACAACGAAAAGGGCCCAAUGAGAGGAAAAAAUAUCCGAGGCGAAACUUUACAUAAAAAGGCACUUCAAAUGAUGGCCCGGAUUUUCAUACAGAAGAAAUGUUACGAGAAGCUCACCUGCCCGCUUAGCUUUGUCUUGUCUGGCUACGUUAUAACCCAACGUGCAUGCACUGUGCACUGGGAUAGGGGCGACAACCCUGCCGUGUAUUGGGGAGCAAAUACAGUGUAAAUACGCUUCAAAUACAGUGCGAAUACGUUAUAAGAGGUUACUUGAAGCAAUUGCUGUAAAUUAUCUCACGAUAAAUAAAUGGUCAAUGAUGGGGUAUAUAAAUAGAUAGGUAAAUAAAUAAGAAAUGCAAGUUCACCAAAAUGGAUACAGUGGUAUAUGCUCGUUUGAUAUAUAUAAAUACAUGUUACUGUUUUUUUCUGUAGAUCAUGUGCAAUGGGCUACUCAAGAAGAGAGACAAUACAUGUACAUACAUGUACCUAUGCCUAUGUCAAAUACGACUGUAACAAUUAGACAGCCAAAAUACCCACUUCCCACUCAUAAAUUUUUCAGGCCCAAAUACGUUAGAAAGUGAAAAAAGAAUAAAAAUCAGCAACGUCUGCUGCUUUAAACACAAUUUCCAAAGACUUGUUCCCAAAGAAAAAAGUACGCCUGUGGUUUAUUUUCCAGUCAAACUUCGGUGUCCUUGGGAUUGUUUCAUAUUAAGAGAUCGAAAAUCGCUGUUGUUUCUGCUAGACACAGCCCCUUUUUGUGGUUUACGUGGUUUUCAAACAUUCAUAUGGAAUCGUAUGGAUUUAUUAUAUGUGUGUUGUUAUUGUUGAGGUGCUUUAUACGUUUCAAUUUUUAUUAGAUUCGCCACAGUAAAUAUUUCUGCUCUUAGAUCAACCUUAAGGCUGCAGACGGGGGAGGGGGUGGCAAGAAUAUCUUCCUAACUCACCAGCUUUUCAUUUCAUAUCCUCAUUUUAUUAAAAAAUUGUUACGUGAAGAGAUAUAACGCUUUCCUGAGCCUGUACUUUAUACGCUAAAAACUAAAACUCUGCGGGAAAUGCACAUGAAAUGCACAUGUGCAGACAACAUGAUCCGAAAACACCCUUAAACAUAAACAGAAAUGUGUCUCAAAUUCUUGAUAUGUGUUUAAUUUCCGAAAAUAUCCCAAUUUACAAAAUAAUCACUACAACUAUAGCACCUACCAUGAUUAAAACACUAGUUUGAAAACGAAGCAGGUACAAGUGUAUUAUGAAAUCCCAGAUACAUUCCUUCAGAUGCUUCCAUGCGCUUUGCCUCCGUUUCUUGUGAAUUAACUUUGUUUAAAAAAUGCUUCAGACAAAGCUUAAAUCUACUGAAUAAAUUAUUUUGAGGUUCUAGUUAGUUUUGACACUGGUAAUAAAACUUAAUCUGAGAAAAAAAUUAUCAAGCGCUGCAUCUCUGUACGUAAUUAAAGUAGAUCGGAUUUGAUUCAGAGCUGAAUAUUCCAGGCCAAAAGAUUGCUUCUGUCUACGCUCCUGUCAGUUCAGAGUUAAUAAUAUAAGAGUUAUAUAAAACCCGUGCACAAAUAUGGAUUCUUAAAAUUAAAUCUGAGGAAAAAACACUUUUACACAUAAAAAGGCAUAACUUCACCAAAACUUAACCGAUCAAGCUUAUUUUCGAACUUAAUCUGUAUAAUAGUAAGACUGAUCACCCCUGUGAAUUUCAAGACAAUUAGCCAAUCGAUUUUCCUUGAAAUGUGUUAUCAUUGUUGCAUAU